ACAGUUCAACGUAACGGCCCUUCGAACUUUAUCGUCCUUUAAUCUUAAACGAGAUAAAUUAGAUGAGAUAUUGACGUUACAGAUGUUAUAAUUGAGUGGGGUUUGAAAAAGCUUAAAAAGUAAACAGUAGAUAUUUAACACCUCAGGAUGAGUGAACACCACACUAUUCGAUAUCAGUUCGACCCCCGAGGAUACGUCACAACAUCGACGGAGCCGCCAAAACCGCCGAUUCAGCAUCACGCUGUUAAGCAUGAGGCGGUUAGAUAUGAAGCUGUUAGGAAUCCUUAUGUUCAAAACCAAUUCCAGGUUCAGGUUGUGAGUCCGCAGGUUUCCCAGCCCAUUAAGAUCCAGCAUCACGCAGUUAAACAUGAAGCUGUCCGUGUACCUUAUGUACAACCGGAGUAUAUUCAAACCUCGUCAGCUGACCUGUCUCAGAAAAAGGUAAAAGCAGAACGGACAAGGUUUCCUUGUGAUCAAUGUGAGUACGCAGCCACGACAAACUCCUAUCUGCAGAAGCACAAGAAGGUUAAGCACGAAGGUGUUAGAUUCCCUUAUGUACAGUCGGACUACGCAGUCAUGGGAACAACGUACAUGUCGCAUAGAACUAAGGUUAAACCUUGUGAUCAAUGUGAUUAUGUGGCGACAAAAACAUCUAGCUUGAAGCAUCACAGGAGGAGCAAACAUGAAGGAAUAAUAUUCCCAUGUGAUCAAUGUGAUUACGCUGCUACCACCUCAUCCAAUUUGACAAAGCAUAAGAUGAGCAAACACGACGGUAUCCGUUAUUCAUGUGAGCAAUGUGAGUACGCAGCAACACUUCCCUCAGAUCUAACAAAGCACGUGAGGAACAAGCAUGACGGGAUUAAAUAUCCUUGUGAUCAUUGUGACUUUGCUUCAACAACAACAUCAAGUCUCAGGCAGCAUGUUAGGUAA